UGGAUGUACAAGAUGUGUCUGUCUGGGGACAGAAGAGUAAAAGAAUGAAUAAUAAUCAACCUCAUAUUGUAUAUGACCCCUUUGUUGGAAUGAUGUUGUUAUGUAUGUUAUGUAUUAGGUGAUGUUUGUGUCAUGUUUCAUUGAUGGGUGGUUGGUCUUUGACUGAUUACCAUCCCUGCAUUGGAUUGUGUGUCUCAUAGUGACCCAUUGGACUAUGCAGCGUAGUACUGUACGUUGAUUGCUAGAUCUUCUUGGAAGUACAAAGACUCUGAUUUCCACUAUUGAAGUCUCAGUAGGAGCAGCUAAGCCGCCUUCCACACCAGAGACUUCCUGUCUAUCCCUGAAGUUGAAGAAGAGAAUGUCCCAGGACCGCAAAGCAUAUUCCGCCAUGCCAGGGAGUGGGUUUUGACUAUCAGGAAGAGGUCUGUCAGUGGGGGAAUGAGCACCAUGCAGGUGGAUGCUGUCCUUGUGCUGAUCUGUGUCUGUCUGGGAGGGGUGGCCGGGAAGGCUGCUCAGCAGAGGGGUCACAAGCUGGAGACCUACAAACAGAGCAGGUCAAGGAGAGAAACAUCCAGAAUGGAGGGAGGAGGAGGUCACAAGACAGGAAGCCCUAUUCUGAAGAGAAGUUCAGACAUGACUAAAUCUCCAAUGACAAAGUCGGAGCAGCUGCUGAGGAUAGAUGACCAUGACUUCACCAUGAGGCCAGCAUUUGGAGGUCCCCCUAUCCCAGUCGGAGUAGAUGUCCAGGUGGAAAGCCUGGACACAAUCUCAGAAGUGGACAUGGACUUCACCAUGACGCUGUACCUGCGCCACUACUGGAAGGAUGAGCGCCUAUCCUUCCCCAGCACCAACAACCAGAGCAUGACCUUCGACAGCCGGCUGGCCAAGAAGAUCUGGGUGCCAGACAUGUUCUUUGUCCACUCCAAGAGGUCCUUCAUCCACGACACCACUACAGAAAAUGUCAUGCUGAGGGUCCACCCCGACGGAAACGUGCUGUACAGUUUGAGAAUCACAGUCACAGCCAUGUGUAACAUGGACCUGAGCCGCUUCCCGCUGGACACUCAGACGUGUUCCCUGGAGAUAGAGAGCUAUGCAUACACGGAUGACGAUCUGAUGCUGUACUGGAAGAAAGGGAACGAGUCACUAAACACAGACGAAAAGAUCUCUCUCUCCCAGUUCCUCAUCCAGAAAUUUCACACCACCACCAAGUUGGCUUACUACAGCAGCACAGGCUGGUACAACCGUCUGUACAUUCACUUCACCCUGCGGCGCCACAUCUUCUUCUUCCUGCUCCAGACCUACUUUCCCGCCACCCUCAUGGUCAUGCUGUCCUGGGUGUCCUUCUGGAUCGAUCGCAGGGCCGUGCCCGCCAGGGUCCCUCUGGGGAUCACCACCGUGCUGACCAUGUCCACCAUCAUCACCGGCGUAAAUGCCUCUAUGCCCAGGGUGUCCUACAUUAAGGCUGUGGACAUCUACCUGUGGGUCAGUUUUGUCUUCGUCUUCCUCUCCGUCAUAGAGUACGCAGCCGUAAACUACCUCUCAACUGUACAGGAGAGGAAAGAGAGGAAACUAAGGGAGAGGUUGCCAUGUACCUGCGGCAUUGGCAACCCUGACGAUAUGAUGACAGACCCACAGAUCACAGGCUACACCACCAUGGAGGUCAACGCCACAGGGAAUUAUGGGAUGCCAGAGAACGGCAGCCGGCAGGAGCGGAUGCUGGCCCAGGUGGCGCUGGGGGACCCUCAGGUCACAGGUCAGACGAGGAACUCCAGAGGAUAUGUCAAUAUCUGGAUUGACACCCACGCCAUAGACAAGUACUCCAGGGUCAUCUUCCCAGGGGCCUACGCUCUCUUCAACAUCGUCUACUGGUCCAUCUACUGCUAACCCUGGGCCUCGUGUUCGUCUGGCCCCUGUGUGAUUCACCCAAGGCAGACUCGGGAGAAUAGAGACCAUGGCAAAGACUCUGGAGCCCAGGCGACUACACUACCUUGACAAAGGUCCUCAUGGAGAGAAGGACAACAUGCUUGUUUGGGGUUCCUUUGAGUUUGAGAGAGACUGACAAACUGUUUAUAAACGUAAGGUGAACUUUGCCUUCUUGACCCAGCCUCUUAAACUAAUUAAAUCAGUUCUUAAUGUAUUUUUCUGUGUGUGUGUGUUUGCAUGACAACAGAAAAUGCAAGGGGUUCGGUUGAAUUCCUAUUCAGAUGUAACUUAAUUGGACUAGAUCAUUCCAGUUUGUGAAUCCCUAAAGUUGAAGAAAACGUAUCAUGUAUUUUCUUGAUGUUGGUAACAACAAGAGGCAACAAAUGCUUGACUGAAAGUCAAAUCCUUUUGCAAGGGAGUGUAAACUGGACGAGGCCCUUGGACUGUAUGUAACAGCAACACCCCCACAUGCCCCAGUAACUUAUAAUCAGGUGGUAAGUUUCCUUUUUGUUUUAGCGGUUCAAUAGAAUAACAUUGUUAAAUAGAUGCUCUCUUUUGCUAUAAAAGAAAAUAACAAUAGCUUGUCUUUUUAAGAAAUUACUGUAUCACUUAAAUCACUCAUCCACUCAAUAAUAACACUGGCAUAAAAGGUGUGGAUUGUUUGCCUUGACAAUGAAAGGACAUGACACAAAAAUAGGAAAAGCACAAUUGUUCACUAAUUUCAGCUGUAAACUGAGUUUGUGUUAUAGUACUGUACAAAAAACAAUGAAUUGGAUACUGUAAAUCCACUUAAAACCUUGAUAAUCAUAAGUCUUUUUUUGUUACAGGUAUUUUGUACUACUGAAGCGCAUGUCCUUAUGUGUAGUUGGGCUUUGAGGUACAUUGUACUAGUGGUUAGGUAUUAGCAUUGUCUUUAACAUUUUGAUACGUCUGAAUCAGGUAGAUAUUUUCUUAUAGCCACAUAAUGGAUAUUUAUUGUCUUACUGCAAAAAUCCUGAUGCAUCAAUGUCAGUAUUAUCUCUCAACACAAGCUACAUUUUGUAAUGCUCAUUAUCAAACAUUUAAAUAAAUGUGAUGUUUUUUGGAG